UGAAUUUCUUCCCUACCCCUGCUUUUGGCUGUGAGGAGAAUUGGGUCAGGGAGGUAACCAUGGAGAUGCUUAAGCAAAGAGUCUACAGCUCCGCUCCUGUCUCUCUCCAGAAACCUUUAAAGAUUAACUAGAUUGUCGUCUCCUCGCACCAGGGAUGGGAUUUUGGGUUUGAAUCAUUUGGGGCAGAUUUUUUUCGGGUGGGGGAUAGAAGAGGUGGGGUCUGUGUGUUUUGGAGAAGAAGCAGGGGUGUCUUUUAUUCCUGUUAUACCUGGACACCGUUGCCGGACUCCUCUAUUUGCUGACCCCGCCCAGGAGCCCCCCCAAGACGGAGAGCAAUUAGCCGACCAUGUUUAACGGGGAGACUAGUUCCUCCUCGGCUAAAAAUGUGGUCCGCAGCUCCAGCAUCAGCGGCGAGAUGUACAACGUCGAGAAGAGCAACGGGGGCAACCCGGACUCGGCCAGCAUCACCUCCAACAAGAAGAGGCGCUCUAGCCUCGGGGCCAAGAUGGUGGCUAUCGUGGGGCUGUCCCAGUGGAGCAAGAGCACCCUGCAACUCAACCAGCCCGACGGCGGCCCCAAGAAGCUGCGCAGUAACAUCCGGCGGAGCACGGAAACCGGCAUUGCUGUGGAGAUGAGGAAUAGGGUCACGCGGCAGGGCAGCCGGGAAUCGACCGACGGCAGCACCAACAGUAAUAGCUCCGAUGGCACAUUCAUUUUCCCCAUGACCCGGCUGGGAGCUGAGAGCCAGUUCAGUGACUUUUUAGACGGGCUCGGGCCGGCGCAGAUUGUUGGCCGGCAGACACUGGCGACGCCUCCGAUGGGCGAUGUCCACAUUGGGAUGAUCGAUAGGAGCGGGCAGCUGGAGGUGGAGGUGAUCCAGGCCAGGGGCCUCACCCCAAAGCUGGGUUCCAAGUCCAUCCCUGCGACCUAUGUUAAAGUUUAUCUGCUGGAGAAUGGGACCUGCCUGGCCAAGAAGAAGACCAAGAUGGCCAAGAAGACCUGGGACCCAUUCUACCAGCAGGCGCUGCUCUUUGACGAGGGCCCACAGGGCAGAGUUUUGCAGGUGAUUGUCUGGGGAGAUUAUGGCCGCAUGGACCACAAGUGCUUCAUGGGAAUGGCGCAGAUUGUCUUGGAAGAACUGGAUCUCUCCAACAUGGUCACAGGCUGGUACAAACUCUUCCCCACUUCCUCGCUGGCGGACUCCACCAUCGGCCCUCUGACGCGUCGCCUCUCCCAGUCCUCUCUAGAGAGUUCCACAAGUCCUUCUUGCCCCUAAGGGGCAGGGCUCAGGGCAUGGGUGGGAGGGAGGGAAGGAAACAAGCUGGCCUACCAAAACCUUUGGUGGAACGGCUGUAAAUAUUCUGUGUCUAGUUUGGUUUCAUUUUUUUCCCCCCUCCCUGAAACGAGCUGCUCUCGACAUGUUCCUCGCCAGCUGCAACGUUCCACCGCGCAGGCAGGGGACUUUAAACGAGAGGGGUGGGAAGGAGAAACAAGAACAAACUUGUAACGCAGAACAAGUGAUGUGACUGACCGACAACCGUUCCCAAGACUGUUACCGCAUCUCAUCGAGUCAUAUUCGGAAAGGAGUCAAACAAUGGACCAUAUUUCUCAUCUGAACAGCUGGCGGGAGCGUCUUGGAUCCGAUUCAUUCAAUCCCACUGCAAGUAGCAUGUUAACUCAAUUUUGUUUUGCCUCCAUUUUGUUUUCCUGAUCGUUGAGGAAAAAUAGCUUUUUUAAAAAAAAAAAGAAAAAGAAAAAUGAAUAUAUUCAGCACUACUACUUUUUUUAAUGGAAUGUAGCAUCUUAUAUUAUGUAGCCUGCCAUGAGCUAAUUGAAAACACAUUCUCUCUCUGCAAUAUCUAGGAGGGACCCUCUCCCUACCGACAGGAACCAUCCGCCAGUCACUUGCUGUUUUGGUAGAUUCCUGACACAAAUCUUGCAAGGUCGAGCAAGCAAUCUGUUGAUCACUUUUUUCUUUGGUAGCAUGUAGCCUGUGACAAGUGACUCUGCCAAAGCAGUAGGGGAUGAAAAAGGUGCAUUUGAUCUGACUGUUAUUUAAGUGUAUUAUGAUUCUGUCUUGAUGUUCCACACUUUCAAAUUAUUUUGAAGGACCACCCCCAAGAUGUAAUAGAUACCAUGCCUCAUACAACAGUUCCAACUAGGAGAAGGUGAUGCAAAGGGAAGCUUGCAAUGAUGGUUGAAUUGAACUCCUAGUCAGUCUCAUCUUUGCUCAUUCACCCCUAGGCGAGGUCCAACUUGUGGCUGAAAGGUUUCCACACUCAAUUACUGAAUUUCAGGGAGCAAACAGAGGGUGUGUCAGAACAUAUACUGUCCAUAACCAGAAAGAAGGGUUGAAUGCACCUUUUUCCAACCCUCGAUUCAUUGGUAUGCUGCAGGGAAACAUCUCAGUUGUAUUCACUAUGGAUCUGGUGUAAGGGUGACAGAUAGGUUACAAAACAAACUAGAUGUUUUGAAUUUAUUACAAUGAUGAGUGUUUGUUUUUUGUUUUUUUAAAAAGCAGUAUUCUGGUUCCCAAAGAGGACCAGUUCUUGUAGCAAAACCGAGAAUUAUGGAAGCUUUUUAUGAAGGUGCCUAAUGAAAUUUGCUGAAAAUACUCAGGGGAGACACCACUAGAAACUGCGGUUUCUUCAUUAAAAAAUAAAUAAAAAUUACACGAUGACUGUCCUGAAGGAUCAGUUUCCAAAACCAAGAGGUGGACGAGUGGUCAGACUGGAAAAGGACAUGAGAUGAAUGGGGUAUUUCUACCUAGCAGAUAUCUCUGGCCUUCAGUCUUUAAUACCAAUCAACCAAAAUCAAGGUUGAGUGUUUGUUUUUAUUAGUAUUGAUUGGCAAAAAGAUAAUUUCACAAUGCACAGAGCACAAGGAACAUCCUAUGGUUCCUCCUGCGUCGUUAGCAAGGAUGAACCAACUAGAACUUAUUGCCGCAAAGAAACAAAAAAGUAAACCUGAAGGGUAAGAACUUUGCUAUGAAACCAUUCCUUCCACAAAAUGGAAACUGCCAGUCCGCAAUGUACUUACUCUUUGGUGGCGGUCUUAUGUGACACAAUCAUCAAGUUUUCAGCAACUUUGUGUCAAGGAAUUUCAGCUGCUAUAAAUGCACAUUGAAUUUGCAACUUCACCAAACCAAAAUAUCUUGGGACCACUGAGCGGGGACCAGACUGGAUUCUGCUGACUGCAGAUGGAGAUAGGUCUGUUUGCUCCCCAGGAUCUCAUGUUUUUCUCCCAAGGAACCAGAGCCUGGUCUACUGUGGUGGAGGAGUGACUGUUCAGUACAAGCAAUAUACACUGAUUUCCAAGUUCACACUUAAAGGCGGCCCUGCUGGUCCACCGUAUGGUUUUACCUUAGAGCCGGAGUGGGUUAUUUGAGGAAGCCCAUUUUGUGCCCGGCUUAUUGGAACUGGAAGAAGGUGAUGACAUGAAUUUAGGUUCCUUCCAGAGCAUGAUUCUGUUACCUGAUGUCCACCUUGGCUGGCUGGACUCGGUUUCUUUGCUCCUGAGUGUUGGAUUUUUGAAUACGUGGGAGGGCAGGUGUCUGAAGAGGACAAGCUUUCAAGGGAGUGAUCUUCUCCUUCAGAUGAACAUCAUCUCUGCUUUUGCUUUGGCCACUCAAGUAUUAGAAGAAAA